GAAUAAUUCUCCCACACCCGCAACAAAUUCAAUUAAGCGGGCAAGCUCAUCCUAAUGGCAAGGUCCCCAUAGUGUGGAAGGCAACUAAGCAGACGAAAGUUCUACCUAGCCUAUCCAUCGCCCACCUUGGGCUCGACACCAACCGUCUUCAUCACUUCACCUACCUGACCUAACUCACCAAGGGGCAGCCUGAACAGAUCGCAACCUCGGUCGAUACACCUCAAGACUACACGACCACCAACUACUCCCGAGCCCCAUCUCCUUGGUAUCAACUCGGUUUCUGCCUGCACCUGGCACUAGCCCCAGCAGGUGCCUACAGCUUUGGCCGACCCCCGCGUUUGAAGACCGCUAGCAUUAAAAGAACCUACCUAGAGCGCCCCCAAGCUUGCGAAGAAGCACACUCUCCUCAACAGAUGGCGUCCAUGUUCGAGCAACCCGGAAACGGGACCCUCUUCCUCGGCGGGCAGAAGAUUUCUGGUGCCGACAUUCGGGAUCAAAAUGUCCUUGCUACCCAAGCUAUCGCAAACGUUGUUAAGAGCUCUUUCGGCCCGAGCGGCUUAGACAAGAUGAUGGUGGACGACAUCGGAGAUGUUACCGUGACCAACGACGGUGCCACCAUCCUAAGCUUACUAGACGUAGAGCACCCCGCCGGCAAGAUUCUCGUCGACCUGGCCCACCAGCAAGACAAGGAGGUCGGCGAUGGCACAACUUCGGUCGUCCUAAUCGCGGCCGAGCUUCUACGACGGGGGAACGAGCUUAUGAAGAAUAGAAUACACCCAACCACCAUCAUCACCGGGUACAGGCUUGCGUUAAGAGAAGCUAUCAAGUACAUGAACGAGAAUGUCAGCACCAAGGUGGAGAAUCUUGGCCGUGAUUCGCUGCUCAGUAUUGCCAAGACCUCCAUGUCCAGCAAGAUCAUCGGCGCCGACUCUGACUUCUUCGCCAACAUGGUUGUAGACGCCAUCCAGGCAGUCAAGACAACAAACAACCGCAACGAGGUUAGGUACCCGGUCAAGGCCGUAAAUAUCCUAAAAGCACACGGCAAGGGCGCGCUCGAAUCGCUCCUGGUAAAGGGAUACGCUCUAAACUGUACCGUUGCUUCCCAGGCCAUGAAGACCCGGAUACAGGACGCUAAGAUCGCGGUGCUCGAUAUGAACCUACAGAAGGAGAGGAUGAAGCUCGGCGUGCAAAUCACGGUCGACGAUCCGCAACAGUUGGAGCAGAUCCGCGCACGUGAGUCCGGAAUGGUCAUCGAGAGAGUCGAGAUGAUACUCAAGGCCGGCGCGAACGUUAUCCUGACGACUAAGGGCAUCGACGACAUGUGUCUGAAGCUCUUCAUCGAGCGGGGCGCUAUGGCCGUGAGGCGGUGCAAGAAGGAAGAUCUGCGGCGAAUUGCGAAGGCCACCGGCGCGACUUUGCUCAGCACUCUUUCGGACUUGAAUGGUGACGAACGCUUCGACCCCUCGUACUUAGGCUACGCCGAGGAAGUUGUCCAAGAGCGUAUUUCGGAUGACGAAUGCAUCCUCAUCAAGGGAACCAAGUCGCUGUCUUCCGCCUCUAUUCUUCUCCGCGGGCCGAACGACUUCCAACUCGACGAGAUGGAGCGGUCCGUGCACGACUCUCUGUGUGCGGUCAAGAGAACUCUCGAGAGCGGUAGCAUCGUACCCGGCGGUGGGGCGGUGGAGACGGCUCUGCAUAUCUACCUGGAGGAGUUCGCCGGCACGGUUGGCUCGAGAGAGCAGCUGGCUAUCGGCGAGUUUGCGCAAUCGCUUCUCAUCAUCCCGAAGACGCUAGCCAUCAACGCGGCCAAAGACGCAAGCGAAUUGGUUGCGCAAUUGCGGUCACGGCAUGCCCUGUCGCAAAGGACGCAGGACGGAGAAGCCAACGAAGACGAGAAGAUAGUCGCCCGCAAGAAGAACUACCAGAACUACGGUCUAGACCUGAUGAAAGGCAAGGUCGUUGACGAGAUCAAGGCUGGCGUGCUAGAACCCAGCAUGAGCAAGAUUCGGCAGCUAAAGAGUGCAGUGGAGGCUUGCAUUAGUAUAAUGCGUAUCGAUACCCUGAUCAAACUCGACCCGGAAGAGAAGGGGGAGCCAGAUGAUGGCCACGGCCACUGAGAAGGGGGGAUAAAUCCAAAAGCCAAAGGGGGCGGCCAAGUGGGCAUAAGGCGUUCCUUAUGGGAAGACGAGUCGAGAGACACAGGUCUAACCCUACAUUCCAACAAGCAAUUUCCGGUUCCGAAAAUGAUCAGCAUGUGCAGUACUAUGAGCGUCUAGCAGCGCCAUGGCUUUUUUUUUAUACGUUCGUAGGCAGAUCAGUAUUGUGCGGUGAGAGAGGCCAGAUGGAGGGAUGAUGAUGCAUAACAAUCCCUGACCGCCCGCAACUUGGUCAGCGGAAUUCGGGCGGGUAUGAUGCGAAGCGGGUUGCGUCGGCUUGAAAUGUUGUAGGUAGGUAAUUAUGCGUGCCAUGCUGCCAAGGCCUCAGCCGAAGAAGCCCCAGCCAGCCGCUCAGCUUUCCCCACGGUAUGCCCCCGCCGUAGUUUGUGGACAACCGACUACAACAACAACGGCAAUACCAAACAACAGCGUCGUGCGACGUGUUCUUCGUCGGCAAGAUUCGACGGCCUUGGCUCGGGGGUGAUUCCG